CAUUUAACAGUCGAAUAGGGUCGGGUCUUCUGGCAUAUUAUCUUUCUUUCUGUUUAACAAAGAGACUGCACUCUACAUUCUACAAUAACCAACAAACAAACAUAUCCAAGUUUCAUCUUUAAAUUUUCAGAGGAUAUGGAAGCAAAGAAAAUCCCAGAAACGAUUCUAAACUCAGGGCAAAAGAUGCCAUUGAUUGGCAUGGGAACUGCAGCGAUUCCUCUUCCUCCCUUUGAAACUCUCAUAACAAUCUUCAUUGAUGCCAUUGAGGCUGGCUAUAGGCACUUUGACACCGCCGCAUUGUAUGGCUCCGAGGAGCCUCUAGGCCAAGCUGUGGCGAAAGCGCUACAACUUGGCCUUAUAAAGAGCCGCGAAGAAUUAUUUAUCACAUCAAAACUAUGGUGUACAAAAGCUCACCAUGACCUUGUUCUUCCAGCUCUCAAGACUACACUGCAGAAGCUUGGGCUGGAGUAUGUAGAUCUGUAUUUGGUUCAUUGGCCAGUAAGGUUGAAACCAGAAGCUGAAGCUGCUGCUGAGUUUAGAAAGGAUUAUGUGAUUCCCUUUGAUAUAAAAGGAACAUGGGAAGCCAUGGAAGAGUGUCAAAGGAUGGGCUUAGCCAAGUCUAUUGGUGUCAGCAACUUUGGCAUCAAAAAGAUCACCAACCUCUUGGAAAAUUCCACUAUACCUCCUGCCGUCAAUCAGGUGGAAAUGAACCUGGCGUGGCAGCAGGGGAAACUGAGAGAGUUUUGCAAGCAAAAAGGGAUCCAUGUUAGUGCAUGGUCGCCAUUAGGAGCUUACAAAACUACGUGGGGUUCAAAUGCAGUCAUGGAGAGCCCAAUCCUUAAGGAAAUAGCCAGCGCAAGACACAACCGUGUCUCAGGUAGCACUGAGAUGGAUAUAUGAGAAAGGGGCAAGUGCCAUUGUAAAGAGCUUCAACAAGGAGAGGAUGAAACAAAACCUUGACAUAUUUGACUGGGAGCUAAGCCAGGAGGAAACAAUGAAAUUCACCCAAAUUCCACAGCGCAGAGUAUGUACUGCGGAAGAUUAUGUGUCAGAAGAUGGGCCUUACAAGUCCUUGGAAGAGCUCUGGGAUGGUGACCCUUGAAAUAGUUCUCGAGUUGUGUUGAAUGUUGGGUGAUGUGUGAGACUCAAAUCAACUGAGUUUAAGUUUAAUAGUAGAAAUUAAAAAAUAAUGUUUGUACUUCUUGGGUUCUUGAGGUCCCCUUUUAUGUGGAAAAAAAGUUGUCUAUGGAUAGCUAAAGUUGCUGAAGAUGUGCUAGAGUUGCAAAGAGAGGUCUUAUUUGGUAAAAAAUACAAGCAUUGAGAGAGAAAGAGAAGAGAGAACACUAUCUACGUUUUUCACCAGAGCAGCAGACUUUGAGUAUUUAUUUCUCACUUGUUCACCGUUAGAUCGACGUGAAAUUUGGACUGCAUAUUCAUCUCAUAUUGUUCUUCAUUUUGAACGAUAGAGAUUUUGAUUGGAAGUCUGUAGUCAGAAAAAUCGAGCUCGGACAGAGGCUUUUUUUUGGUAGUGUUUCAUCUUCUUAUUCUUUGUCUUGUAAACUUUGAUGCUUUGAGAUGUUUGGCUGGUGGUAUGCAUGUUUUGUACAAUAAUUUAUGAUUCUCUUGUAUUCUAUUUUUUAUUAUAGUGAAGCUAUUUUCUAGUCUUAGUGACUGCC